UAAUACAGUAGGGAUGGAGACUCACGUGGAGAAAUGUUUCACUCACACUUUUGCUGCCCGAUAAUCGUUUCUUUGGCUAUUUCCAACUAGUAUUUGAUACUGGGAGUCCAUAACUUUCUCCAAAUAAGUGACUCCAAGAAAACCCUGACAAUUGAUUAAUUGAGUAGAAAACGAUGGAGCCAGUGGCCAAGCGGAGGAAAGCAAUGGAUAUAUAUGACACAGAGUCUUGGGCUGUUCUUCCUGUCCUCUCUGAAGAGCAGUCUCGGGACACUGAACUGUUGCCGGCCUUUGCAGCACCAAUCAUCGAGAAAAGAGAAACAUCUCGCCUCGUCAAAGAGCUUGCUCUGAGCCACCCCUUACCUGGUCUCCAGCACAUAAAAAGAGUCAGGGCUUGCAAAGACAAAAGCAGACCCCAUCCUUUGGAAGUCAUUGUGUGCUUGGCCAAAGAUGUGCAAAAGAUGGAUGCAAGCGAAGAAGUUACACUUGCUGAUCUGCUUUGCACACAUUCCUUUGACUCUAGAGGUUUGGGAGAGCCUUUUCUGGUUGAAAUCCCAGCCAGUCCACCACUGACCAGGGCACAGUUUGAAAAAGCUAGUAAAUAUUGGCCUACAUCAUUUCAUGAGGACAAACAAGUGACGUCUGCUUUGAGAGGGCAGUUGUUCACUGCUGAUCAGAAAGCUAAAAUGCAAGAGUAUAUGAUGGCGGCUAUCAAGGCUGCAAAAUACGGGCGGGAGAGAGGUAUGGAUGCUGUGGGUGCUGUGAUUGUUGACCCGGAAUCUGAGCGGAUCAUUGCUGUGAGUCAUGACUGUAAGAACGUCUCUCAUCCGCUUCAUCACGCUGUCAUGGUGUGUAUUGACCUUGUGGCCUGUGGGCAAAGUGGAGGUGCCUACAAAUACGAGAAAUAUCCAGCCUGUCACUAUAGCAGCCCAGAGACUUUAAGCAAUGCAAAAGAAACCGGACAGCCGUACAUCUGCACCGGAUAUGAUCUUUACGUCACUAGAGAACCUUGUGUGAUGUGUGCAAUGGCAUUGGUCCACUCAAGAAUAAACAGAGUGUUCUAUGGAGCACCCUCUGCAGAUGGUGCCUUGGGAAGCAAGUAUAAAAUUCAUUGCCAGAAAGAUUUAAAUCACCACUUUGAAGUGUUUAAAGGGGUGAUGCUGAACACAUGUGAGGCUUUACACAAAAAAUGAUUUUAUAAUUUGUUCUUAAGGGAUGUGAUUAUUAAAGACAACAUUUUAAUUGUUUAUAUAUUUUUAAAUACAAGAAAUCCAGUCGAAUACAUAUAUAUAUAUAUAUAUAGCUAUAUAGCUCUGGAAAAAAUUAAGAGACUACUGCAAAUGUAUCAGUUUCUCUGGAUUUACUGUUUAUAGGUAUGUGUUUGAGUAAAAUGAACAUUUUUGUUUUAUUCUAUUUACUGACAACAUUUCUCCCAAAUUCCAAAUAAAAAUAUUAUCAUUUAGAGCAUUUAUUUUCAACUGGUCAAAAUAACAAAAAAGAUGCAGUGUUUUCAGACCUCAAAUAAUGCAAAGAAAACAAGUUCAUAUUAGAUAAUGCAUAUGUCAGAAAUUUUAGUAACAACUCACAUGCCUUGGAAAUGUAUGGGCAUUUUUAAAAUUGUGAUUUCCUGGCCUGGAUAAGUCAUGGAAACCUAUAGAAUUAUAUAUUGAAUGUAGUUAAAAAAAAAAAAAAAAAAAAGUAAGAAUCCGUAAGAAAUCAGUUGCUCUUUGUGAGUGCCAUCUCUAUGAAAGAUUAAAAAAAAAUCUUAUCCAGUAAUCACAAACAACUGAAAAGGUAAUGGAAAAAUAAUGGAAAUUCAUUAAUUGAAAUUAAAAUUAUGGUCAAAAGGUUUAGGAAUUAAAUGUAUCUGGUAUUUAAACAAUGUGUUUGUACUAGUGAACAAGGUUUGUAAUACUGUUUUUUUUAUUUGUUUGCAGCAUGUCAUACAACACAGCAUACUAUGUUCAUACCUCUCAAAACAAAAGGGAAAAUAUAAAAAACUGGGACAAUUCAGCCCUUGCAGAAAUUGUCAGAAGACAGUGAAAGGAUACAACUAUUUUAAUUGGGCUAUGUUACAGUUUUUCAGCUUCAAUAAUACCAUGAAAAACUGCCUUGGUAAUUAUCCAGACUUUCACCAUUACAUACUCGAGUCAACAUGAAAUGGCAUUUACAACCCAUGUUACUUAAUGUUACAUAUUUCCAUGUGAAACAGGAUAUUCAAUAAUAAAAAUGUGGCAGACUUUAUUUUAAAUGGAACAGAUUGGAUUUUAAAAAGUAGACAUUAUAUACCAGAAUGUUUUCAGGUAGUUGGAAGGGAGGGAUUGAUAAAUAAGAGGUGAUGUCAAGUUGUUUUGUAGACAGCAAUUUAUUAGACUUUUAUGAAAUAUUAUGAAGACAAACAUAGACAAAUAAGACCAGGUAGCUUCAUUAAGAAAGUAAAUAAGCCAAAUUCAACUUCAUGUUGACUUAAAUGAAUAUGUAAGUACUUAUCAGACUAAGCAUUAAAGUUUUGUUAAUGCAUUUUCCAUUGUCAUUAUCAUCUGCAAAACAUUAAAGGGGUCAUGACAUUUUUUUUUAGUGUGUCCCUUGAAGUUCACCUAUAAUAUGAGUAAAGUUUUUUGCAAAAAAAAAAAA